UUUCAUUUUCAGCUGAUAUUUGCUUCAGAUGAAUGUUUUGCGACGUCCAUUUCUGAAUAUAUUUUGGAAUAAAAAUCAUCCUCUAAAAUUUAAAUAUUAUCAAAUAAAAUUAUUAUCUAUUAACAAAAGAUAUAUAUCCUACAAUUACCCAUAUAAAUUAGUCCUACUUACAACACAUAACCAACUUUCCCAAAAACGGUGCUUUUGGGCAUGGUUAAAUGUGGUAUGGAAUAGAUAUGAUAAAAAGAGGGUAAAAGAAGUUGGUCCAGAUCAAGCUGCUGCUGAAUGGCUACUUAGAUGUGGGGCAUCAUUAAAAUUUAAAAACCAAUCUGCAUGGGAUUCUGAUUACAAUUCAAUUGUUUCUGAAAAUUCAAAAGAUGUCGGCCGUCGUAUUGAAGCCAUUGACACAAACGAAUCAUGUGUAAAUGAAAUGGGAUUCGGAUAUCUCGAUGGUUUACAAAGUUUAAAUAGUAUAAGCUUGCGUUAUUCUCCGUACGUUACCGAUGCUUGUCUCACGAAGAUAUCAAAAUAUUCGGCGAACACUUUGGAGACAUUGAUCAUAGACAAUUGCUACGAAAUUUCAGAGUGGGGUCUUUUAAAUAAUUUACCGCCCUUAAAACUUCUAAAGAAAUUGGAACUUAAAAAUUUGCCACUGAUCGAUAAUAAGGCCAUCAAGGAAAAGUUGAAAGAAGUGCUCCCAAAAUCGUGCGAAGUUGUCAUAAUAGCUAGUACAACACCCGACAAAAUUCCAAAAAAAUAGUUAAUUUUUUUUAAAAAAUAUAUGUAAAUCAUAAUGGAUAUUAGAUUAUUCUUUAUAGAUAUUAUAAAUCAUGAAUAAACAUUAUUUAUAUCAAAAAUUAUUAUUUUAGUCGAAUUAAAUAUAUUAUUAUAAUAUUCGCCGGAUUUUAUAUGAUUAU